UUUAGCCCCCGCCCGUCGCCACCCGUAUGCUGACCAUAGGUAAGAAUACUGCUUCCAUGUGAGAGAGGGAGAGAAGAAGCUCUUGAGCUGAGGUGGAGGCAUCCUCGGGUUGAAAGGAAAGGGGGAGGGUGAUGAUAUACAGGUGGGUUUUGGGUCGGUCCUUUUCUGCAGGGGCAAAAGGAGAGAGAGAGAGUUUGGGGAAGAGGCUGUUGAGGCGGCUUGUCUUUCCAAAGAGGAGCGCAGUUGUGGCCCUAAGGCAGUGGGCUGAGGACCAAAAUAACAAUCUCCUCCCCCAAAAAUAUGAGCUCAACCGUAUCACCAGGCUGCUUCGCAACCACCGCAGGUACAAGCACGCCCUAGAGAUUUGUGAGUGGAUGAGAGAUCAACAACAUAUUAAACUCUUACCGGGUGAUUAUGCUCUCCACUUGGACUUGGUGGCGAAAGUUCGUGGUUUGGCUAGUGCUGAAAAAUUCUUUGAAGAUCUACCCGAAAAGAUGAAGGAAAAAUCUACAUACACUUCUCUUCUCAAUGCCUAUGUUCAAAACAAGUUAUCCACCAAGGCCGAGGCUCUCAUGGCAAAAAUGUCAGAAUGUGGGUUGCUGAAGAGUCCCCUUCCAUACAACCACAUGCUAAACUUAUAUGUUUCUAAUGGGCAGUUUGAGAAAAUUCCUUUGUUGGUUCAAAAGCUAAAGGCACAUGUCUUGCCUGAUUUGUUCACUUAUAAUAUUUGGAUGAGCGCAUAUGCUUCUAAAAAUGAUAUUAAAGGUGCCGAGAGUGUUCUCCUUGAGCUGAAAAGGACAAAGUUACAUGCUGAUUGGGUGACCUAUAGCAUAUUAGCCAGCAUAUAUAUCAAAGCAAACGACCUUAAUAAAGCGGCUGAUGCUUUGAAGGAAAUGGAACUUAGGGUUUCUAGGAAGGAGCGUGUUGCUUAUUGCUCCCUCUUGACCUUAAAUACAAACCUAGGCAGUAAAGAUGUUUAUAGAAUAUGGAAGAAGAUGAAAUUGACCUUCCGUAAGUUGAAUGAUUCUGAAUAUACAUGCAUGCUAGUGUCUCUAGUAAAACUUGGGGAUAUCGAAGGUGCUGAGAAUGUUUUUAGUGAGUGGGAAUCAGUUUCAGGAACACGUGAUUCUAGGGUCUCUAACGUGCUUCUCUCUGCUUACGUAAGAAAUGAUAUGUCUGAGAAGGCAGAAGAAUUUCACAAAUGCACGGUAGAGAGAGGAACUAUACCUAGCUAUACGACUUGGGAAACUCUAGCAUGGGGUUACUUAAGAGAGAAGAAGAUUGUUAUGGCACUUGAUUCUUUGAAGAAUGCUGUUUCGAGUGUGAAGAAGUGGGAGCCAAAUCGUGGGUUAGUGAGAGAAUUUUCCAAGACGUUAGAAGAAAGUGGUGACACUGAGAAUGCAGAGAAUUUUUUGCUGCUUCUCAGGGAUGUGAACUAUGUGUCAACAGCAAUUUACAACUCGGUGCUUCGCACGUAUGCUAGUGCAGGAAAGAUGCCCCUCAUAAUACUUGAGCGCAUGAGGAAUGAUAAGGUUGAACCUGAUGAAGAGACCCACAAGCUUCUCAAAGUAACAAGCAAGUUGUGUGUGGGUGGUGUUGCAAGGGCCCUGUCUUAAGUAACAUUAUGAAAGUGUUUCAUUUCCACGUAUUUGUAGAACCAUGAGGAUUGGGCUGCAAAACUUUGGUUGGGUUUGUAAGUUAAGAAACAAACUACUAUAGUCCAAUUUACCAUGGAAAACUGUAGUCAAUUGGAACCAUGCCCUGUUCUAGUGGACUCACUAUCCCUCCAUCACCAACCAUCAUUACAUGAGAUGGUGAUGACCGAAAUGGAAUAUAGUUUCAGAAAGUCCAGUCGAUUGUGUCAUUUGGUAGACACAUGGGAGCAGAUAUGAAGAGCUCGUUUGUUGGAGAUGACUAUCGACAAGAAAUCAGCAGUUUCUAUUGGCAAAUGUGUUUCUCUUUUGAAUCAUUAUGUUAUGCAUGAGCUCUUUGGAAUGGAGAGGAUUUUAUUGAACUGGAUCUGCCUUCAAGUACCGCCUUCCCGAACUGUCAGAAAGUUGAAGAAAAAAGAAGUCAAUUCUUGCAUCAUCGAUUGGAUAUUUGAGUUUGCACUAGGAGAACACGACCCAGAAUUUCUGUCUUCAACAUAUUCAACAAUGCAUGAUAUUGAACAAAUGGAAAUUAUAAUAUGAUGAGGUUUGUAGAAGUUAUGUAGUGGGUUCCAAAAUCAAGAAAUUGAAUUUCUUAAGUUGAACUGGGAAUUCCCUUGGAAGCAACCAUAGGCAUUAUCAUUGGGAACUCAUGUGAUAUCAGUUGGUUCGAGGUUUCCAACUUUUUUGCUUGAGUUCUAGGUAUCCACAGAAACAUCUAACCGGUGUAUGUGAUUUCUUUUAUACUUGAUUUUGCCAUCAAGAAUGUAACGUAUUUAUAGAAGUUACUGUUUAUGGAGUAUGAUUAUUCCAUUUCUUACUUGCUUCCUUUUGGUUUC